AUGACAUCCCUUCCGAAUUUCGACGAUCUCCCUCCUGUCGAGGGAAUGCCGCAAGGUUGUGCAUGGGGCAUAUUUGACAAAGACGGCAAGAAAGAUGUUCUAGGAACACUGAAUUUACUCACCCCAGAAGUCGUCAAGGAUGCUGUUGCGGAGGUCCGCCAGGGCGUGUCUGUUUCUCUAAAGUGUUGGCCCAUUGGAAGCAUCAAAAUCCCAGGGUUCUUUCGAAAGAGCCUCCGUCACAAUGUCAUGAAACUGGAGGAUCCAGUAUCUGGCAGCCACUUCGGGUUUGACGAUGAGGUCGAGUUCAAUACCCAAGCUAGUAGUCAAUGGGAUAGUCUCGCUCACUUCAUGCACCUCCCAACCGGCCUCGCUUACAACAGAGCGAACCCGACAAUCGAGGCAUUCCAGACCUACAAAUCUGCCGAGUGUCUUCCAACACUAGACCACUGGCAACAACGCGGUUGUGUGACAGGCCGAGGCGUACUGAUCGACUUCAAGAGUUACGCGCAGAUCCACGGGAUAAGCUACGACCAAUUCUCCGGUUUCCGCAUUGGGGCCAGCGAUCUAGAAGCAGUGGCUGCCUGGCAAGGGGUAACCUUCCGAGUAGGGGAUAUCCUCCUCGUCCGAUUCGGCGUAACAGAGUCGCUGGGUCAAAUGACUGGCGCUGAGCAGGGCGCUGCGAUGAGCAAUGCUAAUAUGUGUGGGCUGGAGGGUAGUAAGGAGAUGGCGCGAUGGCUCUGGGAUCAGCAUUUCGCCGCCGUUGCUAGUGAUAACAUCGCUGUUGAGGCUAUGCCACCUGUCAUCGAUGGUGUUGAGCAACCUACCCAUAAGCUUGUGCUGCAUCAGUGGUGUCUUAGUUUGUUGGGCAUUCCGCUUGGUGAGCUUUGGGAUUUUCAAGCGCUAGCUCAUGCUUGUAGGGCUAGUAGGCAGUAUUCUUUCUUGCUUACUUCGUCCCCGUUGAAUUUCCCUGGUGCUGUCGCGAGCCCUCCUAACGCACUGGCCAUUCUGUGA